CGGCUGUGCGGACGACGAGAGAGAGUGUUUCGAUCGGAUUAGCCCGUCACACACACUGUGUGUGUGUAUUCGUAAUCUGUAUUGAUGGUAUCGGGACCAGCACAUUCACCGUCUUCACCUCUGUUUCGUAGAUGGUGCAGAAUGCUCGAUAGCCGCAUUCUCAACGACGACAACAAGGCUAUCCUCGGCCACAGCCUCUCUAUUGAACGAACUGCUAUAUUCACUCUUCUUAACCAGUUGUGCGCCGAUAAUGCCGAGUAUUUCUCGAAGACGACUUCAUGGAGCGUGUAUGGGGAGCGAAUGGUCAAGGUCUCAAAGGAAAUCGAGCAAUGUGCCGAAACGUUACGAAAUCUGGUGAAGCAAUUGCAAGACCUCGCACCCAGUUAUGACUAUGACGAGAGCACUCCUGGAAACGGGUUCAGAUCUCUGGUCUGCAUCUGCGAUACCACCAUACUGCACGUCAUUUCACUACAGAAGACUGUCAGUGAACAGCGUGGCUCGUUUGUCUUUCGUUUGACCCAUUACUGUAAAGAGCUCGAAGCUUUUGCUAAGGUCAUCAACUUCCUUAUGGAUUCGCUCCCACUGUGCAUUGAUAAUGCGGCAUCGAUGCCAUCGGGAUCUUUAUUUCCUCCAUUACAAGGAAAUUACGAAAAAUAUCAUGAAAUGUUACGCGGUUUGGAGCAGCUUGACUCUACCUGCUUCUAUGGUCGACCUCUGGGCUUUCAGUUUUCCCCAUCUGUAAACAGAAUUUUCCGUUUAAUUGGCAUAGUUCUCGCCUCGUAUAGUUUAACUUGGGAAAAAGGACAAGGACCAAUUGGUUCUAUCAUUAACACGGGAAGGUUCCUCCUCAGUCCCGAACAGCGGGCUUCAAGGAUAAUAAAGGUUACCAAAGAGGCCGACAUAGAUUUUUGCAAGGGAUUCUGGAAUCUUGCGGAAUUAAGUAAUAAUAUGCCAAAAUGGUUCAGUCCUAAUAUGGCUAUAAACGAGCUUCGAGAAAUCAACUGGGUCGGUCCCAUAUCACUGGAAACGACUAGUGGAGGGAAGGUUCGGAUACCUGAACCGACGGCCCAUACUGGACCAAGACCGGUACAGAUACGAAUCCUCUCAGCAGUGCACAGACCUCAUAUGUCCCCUACGGGUAGUUCUAAUCAACAACCGCCUUCGCCGUAUAUAGUCCUUCAUUGCCAUGGUGGUGGUUAUGUCGCAACUUCGAGUAAAUCCCACGAGACGUAUUUACGGAUGUGGGCAAAACUUCUGAGUUGUACGGUGGUGUCCGUUGAAUAUUCGUUAGCACCAGCGAAUCCUUUUCCACGGCCAACCGAAGAGGUGUUAUUCGCAUACGCUUGGAUUGUUAACAAUCCGCAGUUAGUAGGAUGGACAGGCGAGAAAAUGUGCAUGGUGGGCGAUUCAGCCGGCGGAAAUCUGAUCAUGUCUGUCAAUCUCCGGCUUAUAGAAUUGGACGUGAAAAAGAAACCGGAUGGGAUCGUACCAGUUUACACUCCGUUUCUUUUCCAAUAUCUGCCCUCCCCGUCUCGAGUUUUGAGCGUGAUGGACCCAUUGCUCCACAUGGGUGUGGUACUGCGAUGUGUUGCCGCUUACACCGGUGGAUACGGUAAUAACAACAAGAAAAAGGAAGAUUCACCAGAUGGUGCAGGACAUAAGUCACUCCAAGAGUAUGUCGAUCAUGUGCAGAAAACCCAACGAUUCGACUUUGCUGGUGGCUCCCAGUCCAUUGUGUCUCUCGUGCAAAAUGUCAAGGGUCCCAAUGAUGCCAUUGUUACCGAACCUUGCUCAUUUUUUACCGAUAAAGAAGAGAAGGCGGAAAAGAAUGAAAACCAGAAAAAUGAGGAGGAAGACGACGAGAGCGAAGACGAUGACACUAGGAGUGUCAGCAGCGUCCAUGUAAACUCUGAUCCUCUUCACAUCCAUCUCUCGUCCACAAUCUUCGACAACCAAUUGCUGAAUUACCUCAUCAAGCAUCCAACAACGAAAGAUUCCCUCACGGUUGUUGACGAAAACGGCGAAGUGGUCGAAGAAGCCGAAGAUGCGCUCGUGGCGAAUCCAACCGUUCAGGAUGAAAAGGAAAAGAAGCGACCUGGCAUUUUGAACAUGAUAAGCGGAAAUGCUUCGAUUACCGCACCGAAUACUCCUUGCGAGGGCAAUAAGGGUAUUCCAAGCAGUUCUUCGUCGAGCAACUUUCAUUCUCAGACGAUGCAGAAUCACAAACGAUCUCUGUCUCAAAGUCUAGCUGAUACAGCCGUGCUAGCUGCAGGGCAUGCCUUCGACAACCUUCAAGAUUGGCUGGAGAAGCCCAGUAAAGAAAAACAGAAGCUAGAUCGCACACUUUCUCAUAAGGAAUCGGCUAGUACUGAUGUGGAACCGCCUUGCGAGAAGAGGUCACAUAUUAUGGAGCUGCUAAAUAAGAGCGCUGUACCACGGGAUCCCCUCAUAUCCCCGAUGUACGCUUCUGAUGACAUCAUCCGACAACUGCCCCCCGUCUAUUUCGUUGCUUGCCAUUUGGAUCCGCUGCUGGACGACACAAUCGCGUUCGCUUCUCGACUGCGCGGUGCUGGCGGUCGAGUCGGCUCCGUUGACCUUCUCCCGGCUGUGCCCCACGGAUUCCUUAACUUCACGCUGAUGUCCCCAGAAUGCCGGCGUGGUGCCAAAGUUUGCCUUCAACGGAUCAAGCAAGCGCUUGGCUACGUGGAACCCGUGCUGGUGUCUGCAUAACUGUCAGAACUGUAGCUUUCGAGUUGCAGUGCUCUGCAACUCCCCCUCUUGCGCCAUCAUAUCUAGCUUUUCAACGACGGGAAACAUUGGGUAUAAGUAAUAUUUCUUUCACAUACCGAAGGUAUGUUAUCUUGCUUAACGUAACCGAAAAUCGGAUGUACAUGCUUUUUAUGUAUGUAGCGUUGUUCAACUCUAAUAACUUUAAGGUGAUUAACGUCCAUUUUGUAUAAAUUUCUGUGAUGUUCCUUCAAGAUUACAUAACUUGUCUAUUUGUAUGAAGGACGCUAACAUAAUUUCCACAUCGACAUCUUUCUGUGCUCAUUAACGAUUAAUAAAGAUUUGAGCUUCUC